AUGGAUUCGUUAGAAUUUUCUCAACGUUUUCUUUCUUUCUUAAAUGAAAAUAUGUCGUAUGCUGGUGUUUUAAGUUUUAUUUGUGAAGAGAAAAAUAGAAAUGUUCAAGGAUUUGAUCAUGUUACAUUUUUGAUUAAAGUCGAACAAAAAGAUGACAAUCAAGCAAUUCUUUAUUUUCUUGAUAAUGAUCCGAUUACAGAAUGCGAUAUUCCUGAAG